AAUAUUUUAUCAGCCAUGAAUACAAUUGAGGACCAUGAUUAUGUCAACAAAUUGUUUGACAAGAUUUACUCAGAGAAUGCAGAUAAGUGAAAGACACUUAAAAUCGAGUCAAACAAAGAAGAAGGGAAUGCUGAAUUCUUUAAUCAAUUUAUCCGAAAGAGGAAGUUUGAAACCCCAGAAAACCUUAACUUAAUUGGCCUUGACUGUGGAAAGAGAUGAUUCCCUUUCCAGACAGGAGAGCCAAAAAUAUCCAACCAAGAACAGCUAUGAUACCUUAGAUGCUUCCAUAAGCAUCUGAAUACCAUGGAAGUUGUAGAGAAGAUUGUUCCUGAAGGAGAAAGGCCAGAACUAUACGCUCAAAAUUUGUAUUAA